AAAUCCCCAGUCCCAAUCCCUCUCUUCUCUCUCUUUGCAAGAUUCGAUCUUUUCUAUCGUCUUGCGCCUAUCUUGCGGCUGUUACCAUCGCUCGCGCGAGGUUUUCAUCUCCUUCAUCUAUUUCUGCAUCUGGCCUGUCACCCUGACCCGGACGGGCUUGGAUCCGCACUACGCCUCUGUGAGCACUUCGGCACGCUACAUGCAGAGUAUCACAGUUAUCAAUUCCCAUUGACCAUCGCAAGAAAUCCUUGCAUGCUUUUUUAAACCAUCUCUUCAUGGCUCCGCCGAAGAAGUUUCCUGUGCGUGGCUCGCAGCGACGAAACGCUGAGCAGGAUUACCAGCCUGUACGAGGCACCCGAUCCGGACGCGGCAACAAGUCAGCUUCAGCCAAGGGAGAAAGCAACCACACCCCAAAGGCGAGUCCAAGCAUCACGCGAAAGAGCACUCGCCGCUCUUCAUCCAAUGUCUCGACAUAUGAAUCUAUUAAUGUUCCCAACUCACCCCGGCCCGAUAUUGAGGAGAUCUUUGCUCACUACGCAAAACCCGUGCUGAAGGUAUUCAACAUCCCACAAGAUUUCCUAAUCAACCUCCCUGUUAAGACCAUUGCACCCACAAGGGCUUCUGGCCGACCUGCACGUGCACCCGCUCCUCUUUAUAUGAGGGGAGUAAUGGAUAGCGCUGAAAGCUCUGAAAGCUCCGAACCUUCCGAAUCCUCUGAAGAGGAAGAGGAAGAGGAAGAGGAAGACGUGAAACCGCCACCCAAAUCUCGCCCUGUAACUAUCACUACGGGAAGAGGCCGCGGCGGCCGAGGCCGUGGAGGCCGUGGAGGUCGUGGCAGUCGAGGCGGCCGCGGCAGAGGCGGAGGAAGAGGUGCCUCCUCGGCUGUACCAAGAGAGAUAUCCCCCAAGAAAGUCCGACCAACCCGCCAUGCCGCUCCUGCCUUUCCCCUUAUGGAAGAGGAUGAAGAGGAUUCCUCUAAUCACGAGACUCUUCUCGAUGCCAGGGAUUCAGAUCACGAUGAUGAGGCCCUGAGAGAGGAUGUUACUAUGGCCGACGCCAACGAUUCCGACCAAGAAGAAGAGCCGGGUAGGAGGCAAGCUAUGCCGGUUGAGUCCACCACGCCGCCCGGCUCGCCACCGCCACAUGUGCUUUCAGGGCUGCAGUUGACGACUGCCUUGAACAAAGCUAUCAGUCAAGGCUCUCUCCCUGUUCCUAAGAUAUCUCUGCCUCGCGGAUCCUCAACACAAACUCCCCAAGGUCGGGAUGCAGCAUCAACUCCAGCCGAGGCAGCUGUCCCUGCGUUGCUUGAUCCUGAAGAUGAUGUACUCUCCGAUUCCGAUCUACUUGGACCAUGGGUUGAAGACUAUGAGCCACCAAAUGAGUCUGAAUGUGACGACAAAGCAGACUAUCUUCUCAAAACCCAGUUCAAGCCCAUGACGAACGUUCAGGAUAUCAUCGCCUCACUCACCAAAUACCCGGUUUCUCAGCGAAGCACGGCAAGCCUAUAUGCGAUGGCUGAAAACACCUUCAAAAUUCUUAAGGCUUGGCAAGAUGAAUACUUAAUGCUCGAUGCAAGAACUGCGCCACAUGCUCACCCGCCAAAGAAGCCGGCCCAAGGAGGGCGGAUCCCUCUGGACCCCCUUGUUUAUGAAGACAUGAAAGAAGCUGAUCUGUAUGGGUACGCCUACGACCCAAAGAAGGGACCAGGUAAUCAGGACCCAUUUGCACAGCGCCCCGGCGCUGAAAAGGUGGGUGGUAGAGAGCUCCGCCAGCGCCGCGCUCGCGACAUGCUUGGUUCUGCCGCCCCAAGUGAAGACGAAGAGGAAGAAGAAGAGGACAAUGAAGGCCGGCCAUCAAAGCGCAUACGUCGAGCAGCCAAGAAAUUCGACCUCAGCGAAGAAGGUACUGGCGCCAAUACGCCCAAGCGACACAGCGGAUGGGGCGGUGCGAGAAAAAAGGGUGUCAGUCGCUUCAACCAAGCUGCUGCAGCUUCGGAGACGCCCGAACCAGAAGGCCGUGGCAGACGGGGUGCGAGAGCUGCAAGCGCCCUACUUCCGCAACGAAUUCAAGAAAUGCGAGAGGAAUCAGGUUUCACGAGCUCAGCUGAUGAAGGGUCUUCACCUGAUGCGCAGGCAAACGAUGUUCGGCGAUUUAAUGAGCUCUAUCGCAAGAGGGGUCGACCGGCUGGAAGUAAGAAUCAUGGCCGGCGAUCUGACUAUGGAAUCAAGAAGGGCCCUCGAAAGAAGAACAACCUAUUAGCACCCAGCGAGGCUAAGCCCGCAGUUCUGCAAUCUCUUAGCGAAGGCCAGAAUCAGUUCUCCCUUGAAUCUGGAUCCCGAGUCCCGUCUCAACAAUCUAUGGUAGGAGGGCUCGAUGGAACUAGUGACCCUCCACCGAGGAUGCAUGCAGUGCCUGUUGCUACUGUCUUUCAGGCGACGCCGCAACCAACUAUUGAAUCAGCUCCCGCAACAAGUCUCGGUAAAUCAGAACAGCGUGCGGCACCGGAUAAGUACAUGAAUGCAACUCCGCUGAGCCAAUAUGGAAAUUCAUACGCAGGGGAGUCAUCAGCUACGCCAACUACAGGAACGAAACGCAAGCCACGGGUCAAGAGUGAGAAGCGGAGUCAGAGUAUGACGAUAUGGUGGGCCGAACGCAAAGCGCGACAGAGGGAACUCGAGGCUAGGGAAAAUGCCAAUAAAACCGAAGCAACCGCAACUCCUAAAUCUUCAGCCAUGAGCAGGAAGUCUAGUAAGGCGGCCUCCUCAGAUCGCCGCCGGGAACAUCCGUUCGCUAAGACUGACGACGCCGAGAAUUCAAUACUUCCAUCUAGUAUGGUGGGAGUGCCGCAGAUGCUCGACAUGAGUAGUCCCUUCUUGCAUUCUCCCAACGCUGCAUACGCCCCAGCUCCUACUCUUCCACCACCCUCGUCUCAAACCCACGCCGGUCCCAAACCCAUGCUACUCCAGUCCUCCCCGCUAGCAGCCCCCCCGUCCAGCACCAUGCCCCAGAGCCAACCCCCAACCCAAACUCCAACUCAGACUCCAAACCAAGCGCAGCCCCAAGGUUCGCGCUCCGCGAUGCCGCCACUUGCUCCCGCUCCCAUGCCGCUUCAGCCCCAGCAACAGACGUACCCGAGUCCAUAUGGUCCGCGCACGAUCCCGCGUCCUAAGUCGAGUGGCCCGCCACCAUUAGCGCCAGCUCCCACGCAGGCGCAUCUGAGUCCAUAUCCCUUGAUAGCGCAGGGGCAAGGAGGGAUGCAGGGAGUAGUGCAGGGGCCGGUUAGUGGGAGGAAGGUGGGGGAAUAGAGGCGCAAUGUGCGUGGUAGAUAGAUGGUGGAUGUAUGAGUGGCUGGAGGGUUGAUAGUGUUGACG